AAAUAUCACAUGUUCAAGUACAAUAUCUCCUCUUGCUCCCACUGUCUCGUGUCCGCUUACUAUCUUCCUCUGUAAGCAAUGGCAGUCACUUUUUCAGAUCUCCACACUGAAUUAGGUCUCAAGUUUCUCGAUGGGUUUCUUGCCGGAAAAUCUUAUAUUUCUGGGGAUAAACUAUCAAGGGAUGACAUAAAGGUGUACGCUGCUGUUCUGGCGAAGCCUGGAGAUGCCUCCCCCAAUGCCAGCAAGUGGUACGACUGUGUAUCUUCACAUCUUGCGGCAAGCUUUCCCGGUAAAGCUGUUGGAGUAAGAAUUGGAGGCACAGCUGCUGCUCCAGCUGAAGCUGCUACCUCUGCUAAGGAGGCUGCUGCUGAUGGAGAUGAUGAUGACUUGGAUCUAUUUGGUGAUGAGACAGAGGAGGAAAAGAAGGCAGCGGAGGAGAGGGAGGCAGCUAAAAAGCCUGCCAAGAAGAAAGAGAGUGGAAAAUCUUCGGUUCUUUUGGAUGUGAAACCUUGGGAUGAUGAGACAGAUAUGAAGAAGUUGGAGGAGUCAGUCCGGAGUGUUGAGAUGCCUGGUCUCCUAUGGGGAGCAUCAAAACUGGUUCCAGUUGGUUAUGGCAUCAAGAAAUUGCAGAUCAUGCUCACCAUUGUGGAUGACCUUGUAUCUGUGGAUUCCCUCAUAGAGGAGCAUCUGACAGUUGAGCCAUGCAGCGAAUAUGUUCAGAGCUGCGACAUCGUUGCCUUCAACAAAAUAUAAGAAGAAAGCAUAAUAUUGUUAAAUUCAACUGAUUCUAGCGUCCCCAUUUUGGCAUCUUUAGUUUUUGGCAACAUUUUCCUGGUUCUGCUUAUGUUUUUUUAGAUUGGUGAGAGUUGAAAUAUCAAGUACCCUUUAAUAAGGGAGAAAAAAGAGGCUUGCCCUUGUACUA